AUGACCAACCUCUUACUUUCCCUCGUUGCGGUGUCUGCCUUUGCCUUCGGCAGCCUUGCCAUUCCUAAGUCUCACAGCCCUUUGCUUGUCCAAACAGAACACGAGCUUGACUAUGCAGACACGAAAGUCCCAGUGAUACUGGGGGUGAUGAGCCGUUGCCCCGACGCUUUGCUAUGCGAGUCUGUAUUCGAUCACGUCUUGAAGAAAGUCAUAGACAGGGUGGAUCUAUCACUAUCAUUUAUUGGAGCUAUCAAUGCAACUGAACCAACCUUUGGUGUGACUUGCAAGCAUGGUCCACUUGAAUGUGCUGGUAACGUGCAGGAGCUCUGUGCACUGAAGUAUGCGGAUGCCACGCAGUUCUGGGAAUUUCUUCAAUGUCAAAACUAUCAAGGCCGCGACAAGAUUGGUCUAGCCGAGACCGCUUUGCAGUGCGCCAACACAGCAAAGAUUGAUUGGGAGGCCAGUGGAGUAGGCGCCUGCACUGGGCUAGACGGCAGCGGGACAGCUUCAGAGGGUGUCCAACUUCUACAGGAGAGUGUACGAGCCAGCCAAGAGCUGGGGAUCAAGAAUAGUUGCACUGUUUUAAUCAACGGCAAGCAGGUUUGCAUUCACGAUGGGACUUGGAAGCAGUGCGAGAACGGCCACACACCUCAUGACUUCAUCAAACAAAUUAAUGAAGAAUAUAACAGACUCAACGGUAUCAACACAGACGACAGAGUUAUCGUCUGA